AACAUCAGUAACGAGCACAAAGUGAAGAACGUGCAGUUUUCGGUGGCCUCCAUAUCAUCGCGUCAAGCAACAAAGAACGCAAUUUUCUCUGUUUUCCAGUACCUACACCAGCUGCAGUCGUGAACCAAAAUCGUCCGAAAUUGUUUCUUUGCAUUAUCACAAAUUAAUUACAUUUAACCUUCAAGUACAAAAUUAUAGCAAAUUAUUCCAUGAUUUAAGAAAUUUUUCCGAAAUUGUGUUUAGUAGCAAACGAAGUAAACAGCACGUUACGAAGCAAAAAACAUGGAGGUUAUCAACGAGGUUCAGAAUGGUGGAGAAAAUACGUCGUCCAAGCCAGCUGAAGAGCGCAAAGUAGCAGCGGAACUAGCUGAGUUGUUGACCAACCAAGUUCCGAAAAAGGAUGAAAAACUGGUGGCUAAUCUUCGGCAGCAAAUUCCGGACAUCGAUAACAUCUUUAAUAUCCACCGUAAGAUUGGUCACGGUACCUUUAGUUCCGUGUUCCUUGGUUCGCUAAAGUGUCAUGAGCGACUGUCGGCAGAACGUAAAAAAUUGUUCGCCAUUAAACAUGUGGUUCCUACUAGUCAUCCGAGUCGCAUUGAACGGGAACUGCGUUGCAUGAUACAAAUUGGCGGGGCAUGCAAUGUUGUCGGCGUCGAUUUGUGUCUACGUCGCCAAGAAUCGGUCGCCUUUGUAAUGCCGUACAUUCCGCACGAUCAGUUUCAUCAGUACUACGACAAGAUGAGCCCAGCUGAGACGCAACUUUAUUUGCGAAACUUACUAAUCGCUUUAAAACGUGUACAUGAAUUUCAUGUUAUCCACCGAGACGUAAAACCAAGUAACUUCUUGUACAAUCGGAAGCAACAAAAAUUCUUGUUAGUCGAUUUCGGUUUGGCGCAAGAUAUAAGUAACCGUCGAGUGGUAAAAGAAGCGACUGGACAAACGUCUCAGUUGUUGGUAGAGGCUAAGACUGGCAAAAGGCGACUCUCAAAUGCUGUUGGUGAUGACCCAAGUCAGCAGGGAAACGAACCAAUAGUGCAGCAGCAGCAGAAAAAGCCAAAAUUGGUUGACGAUAACCUAGAGAACAGUACCUUAGCGGGUGAUGGUGAGGCGCGCGGACAGCAGCAACUUCAUCCGCCGCCGGUUUUCAAAACACCUUUGAAGCAGUCUAAUCAAAUAAUUUCACCGAUCAAGCUCUCGAAUAUAACCAAGGAUCUCUACAGUUCUCCGCUAGUUCGGCAAGUCAAGUCUACGGUUUUGGGCAUUAGUACUAAUAUAAAGGUUGCUCAGCGCCAUCAACAAUUGGGACCAAUUGCAAAUAAUUCGUCCACCGGUGUGCCAUUGGUCCCAAAAGUGACAACGGGGGGAACGAGAACUCAACUGUAUAACAAUGCUUCUACAGCCGGAGGAGGCAACAAAUCGGACGCCAUUUGCGAAUGUUUUGGGAAAGGCCAAGUCUGUAACAUUUGUCUAGUUAAAAAAGAAAUGCAAGCAUCACGCGCUGGAACUCCAGGUUACCGACCACCGGAGGUGCUGUUGAAAUAUCCGGAUCAAACAACCGUAGUUGAUAUAUGGGCUUCGGGAGUAAUGUUUAUGAGCAUUCUUUCGCGAUGCUACCCAUUUUUCAAGAACUCGGAUGACUUUCACUCGCUAGCCGAAAUAAUUACCGUUUUCGGUGAUCAGCGCAUCAAGAAGACUGCUAUUCAAUUGGGCCGACAUGUCAAAACAGCUCAGCGAAAGCAACCGCUGGAUUUGAGAAAACUUUGUAUGCGUUUGCGUUUCCGCUUCCGUCGUCUUCGAGACCGACAGCAAGAGGCGGGGCCAGAGAUAAUCACAACGUUUGCCAACAGCUGCGAUAACUGCCAACAGCGCCUAGAAGAGUGUCUAUGCGAACAUUCCGAGGCCAAUCGAGAUUUCUCCGAGGAUGAAUACCCGGACAGUGCUUACGAUUUGCUACAAAAGCUACUGGAAAUCAACCCUCACAAUCGCAUUUCCGCAGAGGAAGCUCUUAAGCAUCCGUACUUUCAGGAAUCAUACUAAGAAGUAUUCGAUCUGAUCCCCAAAAGUAUUAUAUCUGAUACUAUCUAACAGAACUGCUAAAGCGAUCUCUUGAGCAAACGCAAUGCUGGUUGGUUAGUACCAGGCAAUUGAAGGGUACGUAUUAAAUUUCAUGGUAGUGAAAAUUGCGUGUUUAGGUUUAAUUAGUGCAAACUAAUCGAGUUUCUCGAAGAGAACUUCAAAUCGGACUGGCAAGCUUUUGCAGAACAAAUUUCUAUUCUAUGGUGUAUGUGUCCAAUUUUAUUAAUUUAUUUAAAUCGAAUCGAAAUUAUUUAUUUGAAACGAAAGAAAAACAAUGUUUUUAACUGUAGUCUAAAUAUGUACUCUAUAAGGACUGAUUACGUCGAUUGUUUAACGUAAAGAAGCCAUUGAAACAACAGUAAGCACAAGCUAUAACACAUGUCCAAUAGUUCUGUUCGCCAACAACACAGGACAAUGGCUGCUGAGAGAUCUAGACUUUAGAACAUUAAAGAAAAACAACAGAAGCGGCAAUAAACAUAUUGACUAAGAA